AUGGUGAAGAAAAUCCACGGAAGUGCAGAAGGAAUAACUCAUUCCAUCGACGAAGACGAGGUCAAUCAGUUCUCAUCCAAUAUCAAUGAGGUCCUGGGUAGCGACAUGCAUUUGAGCCAUCUUUUACCAUUAGCUCUUGAUGGCUCUUCUCUAUUUGAAGCCUGCAAGGAUGGGCUGCUACUUUGCAAGCUAUUGAAUUCGGUGGCACCACUCACCAUUGAUGAUCGAGUGCUCAAUUACCAUCAACCCUGCAUGCCACUCUCUCUAUUUCAUAAGACAGAAAACAUAAAUGUCGCCGUGCAGUCUGCCAAAUCUCUCGGCUGUUCCACAGUUAACAUUGGACCUCAAGACAUCCUGGAAGGUCGACCCCACUUGAUUUUAGGCCUGGUCUCUUUACAGUGCCAUCCUGAGCUAUUCCGUUUACUGGGCGAAGGAGAGGAGAUUGAAGAUCUACUUCGACUGCCUCCUGAAAAGCUUUUACUCCGUUGGGAUGGAGAAAUUUACAUCCGUCUUCUCAAUCGGUUAAGCCCGGACUCCAUGCAGCUCGAAAGUACGCUUCGCGAGGAUAUUCAGGCUCGUGCACUGGCAAUAGUGGCCGCCGCUGCAUGCAUGGGUUGCAAACACUACAUCACCCCCAAGGCAAUCACCACAGGCAAUGCUCGCCUUAACAUGGCAUUCAUGGCUUCUCUAUUCAACAAAUGGCCAGGAUUGGCGCCGCUGGAUGUUGAAAAGCAGCGCGAGGUUACCAUCCUUGUUGAGGAGACUCAGGGGGAUCGUGAGGCCCGUGCCUUGGUAAUGUGGAUGAAUAGUCUAGGGGUGGAGCCUGCUGUUUCCCACAUCCUAUGGGAUCUACGUGACGGCAGUAUUCUAUUGCAGGCGCUGGCAAAGCUUUAUCCGGGAGAACCAUCCCUUGGCUCUGUAGCAGAAUCGAAGCGCAUCUCGCGAUUCCAAAUGAUCGAGAACACAAAUCGCGUCGUCUCCUUUUGCAAGGGCCACGUAAAAUUAUCCAUGGUAGGAAUUCAGGGCGCUGAUAUCACGGAUGGCUCUGUUACCUUGACAAAGGCUCUUGUGUGGCAAUUGAUGCGAGACCAUUUAUUGCGCACCCUGCGCUCGACUUCUCCAAAAAUCAAGGAUGCGGAUAUGCUUGCGUGGGCAAACGAAAAAGUCGUUGAUCAGAAGAUCAGUUCAUUUGGAGAUCCCUUACUAAAAAAUGGUGCCUUUUUGAUCAGUUUGCUGCGUGCCCUUGAUCCAAGCAUCGAACCGAUUAAAGUUUUAUCUUACGACUCUGAUGAGGCAGAGCUUCUGAACAACGCGCGAUAUAUCCUUUCCGUCGCUAGACGCAUGGGGGCUGCGCUUUUUCUGUUACCGGAAGAUAUUGUCGAAUGCAAGGCAAAGAUGAUCAUGACGUUUGUCGCUUCAUUGAUGGCCCUCCAAAGGUCCAUUUAG